CACAAAGCAGGGCUGCUUACUUUCGCCACUCAUCUUCAACAUGUGCAUAAACUACGUCCUAGAGCGAACAGACCUAGGAGAAGGAGCAAAGAUGCACAGAACAAAACUUCUACGAAAGGACGAGGGCGCCGAAGUAGAAGUAGUCCGACUAGGCCAUCUGCUAUACGCUGACGAUAUCGCUCUGCUAGCAGAGGACGCCGAGAGCCUCAGGGGAGCCACGCAAAGGCUGGUGGACACGAUGGCGGAGUACGGUCUGACAGUCAACCUCACAAAGACG